GGAGAUACCGAUACUCCCUCGAAUCCCGCAGGAACUUUUUCCCCAAUCGGACCGCUGAGAGUCGGCUCGCGCAGAUCAAUCCAUCGGAAGGUAAAGACGGAGAUGUCGGGCAUGGCGGCACCCACGCGUCAGGACACCAGGAAGUUGUUCGAGAAUCUUUCCGGCGCUGGAAAAUCCAUCGCUGUGCUGACAAGUGGAGGAGAUGCGCAAGGUAUGAAUGGAGCGGUCCGGGCGGUGGUCCGCAUGGGUAUCUACGUGGGAGCGAAGGUCUACUUCAUCCAUGAGGGAUAUCAGGGAAUGGUGGACGGAGGGGAAAAUAUCGAAGAGGCCACAUGGGAGAGCGUGUCCAGCAUGCUCCAAGUGGGUGGCACUGUCAUUGGCAGUGCCAGAUGUAAGGAGUUUCGUACCCAUGAGGGGCGUCUGAAGGCGGCGCACAACCUGGUGCAGCGUGGCAUCAACAACCUGUGUGUGAUUGGAGGAGACGGCAGCCUGACGGGAGCCAAUCUCUUUAGAGAGGAGUGGAGCGGCCUGUUGGACGAGCUCCUGCAGCAAGGACUGAUUGAUGAGGCGGCGGUCAGCAGGAACUCGAAGCUCCAUAUCGUGGGCAUGGUGGGAUCCAUUGACAAUGACUUCUGUGGCACCGACAUGACCAUCGGCACUGACUCCGCCCUGCAUAGGAUCAUCGAGGUGGUGGACGCCAUCAUGACCACUGCCCAGAGCCACCAGAGGACAUUUGUACUGGAGGUCAUGGGUCGACACUGCGGAUACCUGGCGCUGGUCAGUGCUCUGGCCUGUGGGGCAGAUUGGGUGUUCAUCCCUGAGAUGCCUCCUGAGGAUGGCUGGGAGGACAGCAUGUGUCAGAAACUGUCUGAGAACCGUGCUGGUAAGAAAAGGCUGAAUAUUAUUAUUGUGGCUGAGGGAGCCAUAGAUUGCCACAACAAGGCUAUUACUACUGAUUAUAUCAAGGACUUGGUGGUCCGCUGUUUGGGCUUCGACACCAGAGUCACCAUCCUGGGUCACGUCCAGAGAGGAGGGACCCCGUCCGCCUUUGACAGAAUCCUGGCUAGUCGUAUGGGAGUGGAGGCAGUGCUGGCCCUGUUGGAGGCUUCAGCCAACACCCCCGCCUGUGUGGUUUCUCUGGUCGGUAACCAGGCUGUCCGCCUGCCGCUCAUGGAGUGUGUCCAGAUGACUCAAGAAGUGCAGAAGGCCAUGGAUGAGAAGAAAUUUGAAGAGGCCGUGAGGCUGCGUGGCAGGAGCUUCGAAAACAACCUGAUCACCUACAGACUCCUCUCCCAGCGCAAACCAGAGUCCGAGCUUCCAAAGAGCUCCUUUAACGUGGCAGUGUUGAACGUCGGCGCCCCGGCAGCCGGCAUGAACGCCGCCGUGCGCUCCGCGGUCAGGGUCGGCAUCACCGAGGGCCACAAGAUGUUCGCCGUCAACGACGGCUUCGAGGGCUUCUACAAGGGCCAGAUCAAGGAGAUCAAGUGGGGCGAUGUGGGUGGCUGGACCGGUCAGGGCGGGUCCCUCCUGGGGACAAAAAGAACUCUUCCCGGUAAACAUCUGGGUAAGAUCGCCGAGCAGAUGAGGAUCCACAAGAUCAACGCUCUGCUCGUCAUCGGUGGAUUUGAGGCUUUUGAGUGUGUGCUGCAGCUGUGCGAGGCCCGGCAGAACUACAUGGAGUACUGCGUCCCGAUGUGCGUUCUCCCCACCACCAUUAGUAACAAUGUCCCCGGCACUGACCUCAGCAUUGGUGCCGACACGUCCCUCAACGCCAUCGUGGAGACAUGUGACCGCAUAAAGCAGUCGGCCAGUGGGACCAAGCGGCGUGUGUUCAUCAUAGAGACGAUGGGCGGGUACUGCGGAUACCUGGCCAGCGUGGGCGGGCUGGCGGCCGGCGCCGAUGCCGUCUACAUCUACGAGGAACCCUUUGACAUCCGUGACCUGCAGGCCAACGUGGAGCACUUGACCCGCAAGAUGAAGAGCAGCAUUCAGAGAGGCUUGGUGCUGAGGAAUGAGAAUUGUAAUGAGAACUUCACCACAGACUUUAUCUACCAGCUGUACUCUGAAGAGGGAAAAGGUGUGUUCGACUGCAGAAAGAACAUUCUUGGUCACAUGCAGCAGGGAGGCGCUCCAUCUCCGUUCGACAGGAACUUCGGCACCAAAAUUGCAGCGAAGGCCAUGCAGUGGAUCACACGCAAGCUGAAGGAGUCGUACAAAGAGGGAAGAGUGUUUGCCAACUCAGACGACACAGCAUGUCUGUUGGGAAUGCGUCGCAGGUCCAUGGACUUCCAGCCUGUGGUGCAGCUACGCGAUGAGACCGACUUUGUCCACCGGAUCCCCAAAGAGCAGUGGUGGCUGAAGCUUCGCCCCGUCAUGAAGAUUUUGGCCAAAUAUAAAGCCAGCUACGACAUCACCGACUCCGGCCAGCUGGAGCACGUGACCCGCGUCCUCUCCAGAGAGGCCGACGCCUCCUCGGCCAUGUGAGCAGCCACAGAGUUCCAGGAAGUGAAGAGCCGCCGUCCAACACGAACAGCCGAACUACCGACUACACGUCACAUGACCGAGAGAGGAAAAGUGAAAAGCUAAACCUGGUUGUUAUUUGAGGACAGGAAGUAGACAAAUCGAAGUUAUUUAUGGACUGGAACCCUGAUAUGGUGGAGA